GCUGGUCUUCGAUGAAGCUGCUGACAUGCGAAAUUCGUGGACCCUGGAGAUGCACUUGUUCUUGUCAGAAGGAGAAGAGAAGGUUGCCAACGAUACAACUGCUGGAACUAGUACACACCUAAUCCUUCUACAAGCUCUUACACCUGAACCGCGUAUGCUUGUGUACUACGAUGUUCG